AUGACCCCCAAUCCGCUAGUCGAACCGACAGCAGUAGCAGCAACAUCGAAGCAGAAGAACAAGGACGACGACUCCAUUAUGCCAUCCAGCAACCCUUCCACUGGGCCAUCGCCACGUCCAGAUGGCUCACCCGAUCGAUCAGAGUCAGCUCCUUCCACAUCCGUACCUCCGUCCAUCGCGACCUCGAAACCUCCGACUUCCAACCCCAUCCCCCGCUCCUCCGCAAAACCCAUCACCGCCCCCAGCGCCGACUCCUCGCGCGCGACCACCCCCCGCCACCAGAGCCCGCGAUCCCAGCGCCGGAAGCCCGAGGGUUCGCUGGAUGCGCCGAAUCUGAUCGUCACGUCGUCGACGCCGCCGCAGGUGGAGGAAGAGGAUCUGGACGCGCUGAAGGCGAAGGGGUCGGCGCAGGAUCCGGAGGCGUCGGCGAUGAAGGGCGGGGCGGGACGGGCGGCGAGUGGUGCGCGGACGUUGGAGACGGUGCAGGAGGGGAGUCCGCCAGAUGAGGGGGCGAUGGUGGAGUCGAUUACGUUGCAAAGCCCGACGGACUCGAUGAUUCUUUAUCGAUCUCCGCCAUCGCAAUCCGAACUUACCGACGACCGCAGCGCGAGAGCCACUGAGAGCGGAAGCGAUAGUAGUAGCAAGACACGAAAAGAUAGGAAGCCGAGGCAGGACGAUGAUCCGGAUAGGACCCCCAGGCCGAAAGCUGUCCGGCAAAAAAGCUCGUUCACCAACCUCCCGGCGACCAAUACACGCGCGCAGGAAGGUCCGUCGAAGAAUAUGACUGUCGAAACGGAAACAGUCGCGUCAAUCCCGCAGGCACCCCUUGGCGGAAGUACCCAGGAUUGGAUCGCCAGCGGAAAGAACGACAACAACGGGACGAUCCGGGUCAAGCCGAGCCUCGAGACGAUCCGGCCGAAGAAAGAUAGGAAGCGGGUGGUACGCAAGCCACCGAGCGUGACGUCCGGACCUGCAUCAUCCAAAGCAGACGUCUUCGAAGCCAAGGUCGCCAACGCAGUCGACGAAGCCGACUCCUCUGACUCCGACGAGACCUUCGUCUACGAAUCCAACCCCCCCGAACCCCAACCCCGCCGUAGUCGCCACCAUUCCCGCACCCCCAGCGCCACCUCUAUGGUCAGCCUCGCGGACCCCCGCAGCGCCAUCCGCUCCAUGGGCACCGUCCUCGACGGCCAGCGCGCCGUCCCCAGUAAGCGCAGCAUGAAGUUCACCAACAACCCCUACACCUCCUCCGGGCCCGAAGACGACGGCGCGGACCGCCCCGACGGCGGUACCAUCCGCACCACUGCCUCGCGCACCGGCGGUAGCGCCCACCAUCACCACAUCAGCCGCGGGCGGGGCCAAGGCUACGGAUCGAUCCUCGACGACGACAACGGACCGUUCCUCGCGCACGGCACCGCCAAGUCGCGGACCGCCACGGGAAUCAACCCCACCCUGUCGUCCCACCACUCCUCGCGGCCGUCGUCCCCGAAGUAUCCGCAUAACGGCAACGGCAACCGGUUUCGGAAGCUCGAGGGCCUAGGGAACUCGUACGAUAUGGACGGCGAGGGUGACGAUGAACGCACGCCGCUCGUCGGGACGGUGCGAACGCCGCGGAGUUCACGGGGGAUGCGGACCCCAGGGAGUAAUUCGCGGCAGCCGUUCGGGCAGGAGUUCCGCGGGUCGCAGCACCGGCGACGGUCGUUCGCGUCGGGAAUGACGGUGUGCGUGGUGGUCACGAUCGCGCUGCUACUCGUCGGGUUCGGCGGCGUGGGGUUCCUCUUCGCGACGACGAAGGCGCUCUACGGGGUGUCGGUCGUGGAGAUCCAGAACGUGCUAGCGACGGAGCAGGAGCUGAUGCUGGAUCUCCUGGUGGAGGCGGUGAAUCCGAACUUUUUAGGCAUCAGCAUCAGCGAGAUGGACGUGAAUAUCUUCGCGAAGAGUAGUUAUGUGGGGAGCGAGCGCUGGUGGUGGGAUGGACGGGAGGACGACGCGGGCGGCCGGUCGGGUGCGGAACGCGGGUCUCCACCCAAGGGGGAAAUCGGCAUCGGCACGACGGCGGAGCGGCGGCGGCGCAUCCAACGCUCCAACGCCCCCCUCCACCCCACCGACGACUCCCCCCUCGACCCGCCCCUUCCCACGGAUCCCCCCUCCAACACCACGCAAACCAUGCUCCUCGGACGCAUCUUCCACUUCGACUCUCCUCUCACCUUCGACGGCGCCCCGUUCUCCCGCCAACCCCACGCCGCGCAGGGGGAGCUACGGCUGAUGAAGCCCGGGAACAAGACGGAGGCGGGGGGGACGGAGCGGUGGGAGCGGGUCAUUCAGCAUCCGUUUCAGCUGAUUGUGCGGGGGGUGUUGAAGUAUAAGUUGCCAUUGAGCGGGGCGAGGGUGAGGGCGAAGGUUGAGGGGAUGCUGGCGGUGAAGGGCGCGAAGGGCGACGGCGGCGCCCGAGUCACUCCUUGA